AUGGCCGCCGCCGCCGCCGCCGCCACCGCCACCGCCUCCUCCGGCCUCAUCCGCUGCGCCACGGGAGGCGCGCCGGCGCACGGCCACCACCAGGUGUUCAGGUGCUCCGCCGCCAAGCCGUCCCCUCUCGCGCUGCGCCACCGCGCGGGCCGCCCCGCGCCGCUGCAGGCCUUCCCCGAAUACGACCGCGUCACGCCUUUCGACUAUGACGGUGAGGUGGACGGCGGCGACGGCGACGACCACCCGCGCGAGGAGUGCGGCGUGUUCGGCGUCGUCGGGGACCCGGACGCCACGUCGCUCUGCUACCUCGGCCUGCAGAAGCUGCAGCACCGCGGGGAGGAGGGGGCUGGCAUCGCCGCCGCGGGGGACGACGGCACGAUCAAGCUGGAGAGGGGGCUGGGGCUCGUCGGGGACGUGUUCGGCGACCCGGCCCGCCUCGGCAAGCUCCCCGGCCAGGCCGCCAUCGGCCACGUGAGGUACUCCACCGCCGGCGCCGCCGCCUCCCUGCGCAACGUGCAGCCGUUCCUCGCCGGGUACAGGUUCGGGCAGCUCGCCGUGGCGCACAACGGCAACCUGGUGAACUACCAGGCGCUGCGGAACAAGCUGGAGGCGCAGGGCUCCAUCUUUAGCACGUCGUCGGACACGGAGGUGAUCCUGCACCUCAUCGCCACCUCGCUCUCGCGCCCUCUGCUCGCGCGCAUCUGCGACGCCUGCGAGCGCCUCGCCGGGGCCUACUCGCUGCUGUUCCUGACGGCGGACAAGCUCCUGGCCGUGCGCGACCCGUUCGGCUUCAGGCCCCUGGUGAUGGGCCGCCGCGCCAACGGCGCCAUCGUGUUCGCGUCGGAGACCUGCGCGCUCGACCUCAUCGACGCCACGUACGAGCGCGAGGUGGAGCCAGGGGAGGUCGUCGUCGUCGACCGCCGCGACAUGUCGGUGUCCUCCGCCUGCCUCGUCCCGCACCGCCCCCGCAAGUCGUGCGUCUUCGAGCACAUCUACUUCGCGCUCCCAAACUCCGUGGUGUUCGGCCACGCCGUCCACGAGCGCCGCAACGCCUACGGCCGCGCGCUCGCCGAGGAGUCCCCCGCCCCCACCGCCGACGUCGUCAUCCCCGUUCCGGACUCGGGGUUCUACGCCGCGCUGGGAUUCUCGCAGACGUCGGGGCUCGAGUUCCAGCAAGGCCUCAUCCGGUGGCACUACAGCGGCCGCAGCUUCAUCCAGCCGUCGCAGGCGAUCCGCGACCUCGCCGUCAAGCUCAAGCUCGCGCCCGUGCACGGCGUCAUCAGGGGCAAGAGCGUGGUGGUGGUCGACGACUCGCUCGUCCGCGGCACCACCUCGAGCAAGAUCGUGCGCCUGCUCCGCGACGCCGGCGCGCGCGAGGUGCACAUGCGGAUCGCCAGCCCGCCGGUCAUCGGCUCCUGCCUCUACGGCAUCGACACGCCCAGCGAGGGCGAGCUGAUAUCAAACAGGAUGGACCUCGAGGGAGUCCGCAGGGCGAUCGGCUGCGACUCCCUCGCGUUCCUCUCGCUCGACAAGCUCCACACCAUCUAUGGCGACGAGGCGCAUGAGCUCUGCGACGCCUGCUUCUCGCGGAAUUACCCGGUGCUCCCCACCGUGCCGGAGCCGGUGCCGGAGUUGGUGUCCGCCUUCGAAGACUGACAUGAACUCGCAACUAGGGGAAGUGGCUCUACUAUACUCUGCAAUCUGCAUAUGCUUAUAUAGAAAUUUUAGACUCAAUUUUGGGGCUUGGUGGCAAUAUUUGUCCUUGCAAUUGCAUUCAUCAAUCUGAAUUUUGGGAGUAAGGUUUAGCUAUUGGAUAUUGAUCGAGCUGAUACGGUUAAGUUUGAUCUGUCUAUUCAUCUAUUGUAUUGCCAAUGCCAUCAUGGUGAUGAUGAUGAACGAGAUAAUUGCUUCAAUGACACAUGGUGAAAAAGUUGCCUUUUUGGUAUGUAUACCACCUUCU